GCUCCGCCCACUACGGGAGUCGCCAGGCCCCUCCGCUUCCGGCGCUGCUCUGGGUUUUCCAUCCAGUCUAUUCUCAUCCCACAUCAGAAUGACAGCUCUUAUGAGGAAGUUCAUACAUCAGACUGUGAAAACUGGAAUUAAUUGCAGUGAUAGAUAUUUUAGUACACAGAUUGUGCAAAAGGCAGCACUAACACAGUUUGGGGCUAUCACUGUUGCCAAAAGAUUACUACUGCCUGCAUAUGCUAAUGCAUUUAGUACAGUUGGAAACACAGAAGAUGAACCGGAUAAGAAAAAAGUGUCAAAAUCAGCUUUUGGCAAUGUUGGGAGAAAAAUUCAUCACCGAAUUCUUCAGCUACUUGAUAGUAAUGGGAACGAUUUGGGAACAAUGCAUCGAGUUGCAGUGAUUCGUCUAAUGGAGGAACAAAACCUGAGACUUGUUUUACGGAAAGCUAAUACAGAUCCUCCAGUGUACCAGUUAAUGUCAGGAAGCCAGAUUCAUGAAGAACAGCUUCGACUUAGAGAGAAAGAAAAGGCUCGAUCAAAAACAGGACCUCCCCAGUUAAAGGAAUUGAUCUUUUCUUCAAAUAUUGCACAACAUGAUUUGGACACCAAAAUUAAACAGAUUCAACAGUGGAUUGAGAAAAAAUAUCAAGUCCAAAUUACAGUAAAGAAAGGGAAAACCACAAACCCAGAAGAUAAUAUGGAGGAGCUCUUUCAUAAAAUUCUCAAGACUAUGCCUGAACUAGCUACUUUCGUAUCCAAGCCCCAGAUCAUUAGAGGUGGAAAAGCUGCAACCUGUGUUUUUCGACACUUGAGCAACAAGGAAUUGGCUGAAUACAGGAAAAGCAAAGAAGAGACUCAAAAAAAUAGACACACUUUGAAUAAGGAAAAUUGUGAUGAUAUGGAAUCAAAUAUUCUGCAGCAGUGAUAUUUUAAUAAAGAAAAACUUUCAAAA